AUGCCGAUUGAAAUCGUGUGUAAAAUCAAAUUUGCCGAGGAGGAUGAGAAGCAAAAGGAGAAAGAAGAAGGGGAUAAGGAGAGCCUGAUCGAGGAGCCCGCCCGGCCCCGCUCCCGGGACCUGGCUGCCUUUGCCAGCGCCAGCACCCUGCAUGGCCUGGGACACAUAUGCCAGUCGGGGCGUCUGGGCGUGCGCCAGACCCUCUGGGCAUUUGCCUUUGUGGCCUCGCUCGCCUUCUUUCUUUACCAGGCGGCCAAGUCUGCUCUGCUUUACCUGGAGCACCCCCACGUCAUGGCCCUGGACGAGGAGGCCAUACGUGAGAUGGUCUUCCCUGCCAUCACCAUCUGCAACAUCAACCGCUACCGCCACUCAGCGCUCACUGACGCCGACAUCUUCCACUUGGCCAACAUGACCGGGCUGCCCCCCAAGGACCGGGAUGGCCACAAGGCCACAGACCUGCUCUACCCUGACCCCGACAUGGCUGACAUUGUCAACCGCACCGGCCACCAGCUUGACGACAUGCUCAAGAGCUGCAACUUCAGUGGCGAGAACUGCUCCUCUCGUGAUUUCACUGUGGUCUACACACGCUAUGGUAAGUGCUACACCUUCAAUGGGGACCGGAGGAACCCACGAGUGACUCGCCAGGGUGGCAUGGGCAAUGGGCUGGAGAUCAUGCUGGACAUCCAGCAGGAAGAGUACCUGCCCAUCUGGAGAGAGACCAAUGAGACAUCAUUUGAAGCUGGCAUCCGAGUCCAGAUCCACAGUCAAGAUGAGCCACCCUACAUCCAUCAGCUGGGCUUCGGGGUCUCUCCUGGCUUCCAGACCUUCGUGUCCUGCCAGGAGCAGAGGCUCACCUACCUGCCACAGCCAUGGGGGAACUGUCGGGCCAGCAUGCAGGGGGAGCAGAUGCUGCCUGGCUAUGACACCUACAGCAUCGCUGCCUGUCGCCUGCAGUGUGAGAAGGAGGCCGUGGUGCAGAGCUGCCACUGCCGCAUGGUCCACAUGCCGGGCAAUGAGUCCAUCUGCUCCCCCAACGUGUACAUCGAGUGUGCUGACCACACGCUGGAUGCAGCGGUGGAGGACAGUCAGGAGCGCUGCAGCUGCCCCACGCCGUGCAACCUGACACGCUACGGCAAGGAGAUCUCCAUGGUGCGCAUCCCCAACAAGGGCUCGGCGCGCUACCUCGCCCGCAAGUACAAUAAGAACGAGACCUACAUUCGAGAGAACUUCCUGGUGCUGGACAUCUUCUUUGAGGCGCUCAACUACGAAGCCAUUGAGCAGAAGAAAGCCUACGACCUUGCCGGGCUUCUUGGGGACAUAGGGGGACAAAUGGGCCUGUUCAUCGGUGCCAGCAUCCUCACCAUCCUGGAGAUCCUGGACUAUGUCUACGAGGUGAUCCGGGACAGGGUGAGCAGGGUCCUGCGUCGCUCCAAACCGCCCCUGAAGAAGCCCUCGGGCAGCAUUGCCACGCUGGGACUGGAGGAGCUCAAGGACCAGAGCCCCUGCGAGACGCUGGGCCGGCAUGUGGAGGGUGCCUAUAACACAGGCAUCCUGCCCAACCACCACCACCGCCACCACUACUCUCACCAGCCUGUCUUCGAGGACUUUGCCUGCUAG